CCUACAGUCAUGUCGAUGGAAGAAAGCAUCUCGCUGGAAGAGACCAACAAGAUCCGUAUCUCGCUCGGUCUCAAGCCCCUCACGGACGACAAUGCGCCUGCCAACGACCCCGACAAGAUCGCGGCAGAAAACUACGAAAAGAAGCGGGCUGAGGAUGCGAAAGCUCGAGAGGCCAAGCGGAUAAAGGACCGAAUAGCCAAGCUUAAGAACCAACAUGAGCUGAACGCGAAGCUUACGGGUGUGACGCUGGGCGAGGCUGCGGACGACGUGGAUGAUACAGUGAAGUGGCUCAAACGCGCCAAGAAGCGGGAAAAGGAACUCGCGAAGAAACGGCAACAGGAGCUAGAGAACAUGGACAAGAUGUAUCAGGAAGAGUACACCGAGAAGGACCUCGAAGGGCUGAAGGUCAGCCAUGACUUUGACGACAUGGAAGAGGGACAAGAACAGAUACUUACCCUCAAAGACAGCCGGGUCCUCGAUGACGAAGAGGACGUCCUUCAGAACGUCGAACUUGCCGAGGAGGAGCGUCAUAAAAAGAACCAAGAGCUCAAAACCAAGCGCCGUGACUACACUGGAUAUGACGAUGACGAGUUCACUGGCGGUAGGGAGGGUAUGAAGCGCGCUGUACUCGCGAAAUACGACGACGAUCUCGAGGGCCCGAAAGAGACAGGUUUCCGACUGGGUGGCGCCGCUGCGUCUAGCAAGAUUUCCCGUGCUGAUAAGGUGGAGGAGGCAGCGAAGGUGAAUAAAGCGUUGCUGUCGAUUGACUACACUAAAAACUUUAACAUGAACGACUAUUUGCAAGAAGGUGAUGCUGGCUUCAAGAAACCGAAGACGAAGAAGAAGAGGCCAUCACGUCGUCAAGCGGAGGUUGAUCCCGAAGUCAACCUAAACGGGGAUAGUAUGGAAACCGAUGAACAGAAACCGAUCGCACCCCGGCAACGCGACUUAAACGCGAAUUUCGUAGACGAUGAUGAACUGCAGGCAGCGCUUGCAAGGUCUAGGAGGGCCAAGCAGGCAAAGCCGAAGAAGAUCAAACCCGAAGAUAUAGCCCAGAAAAUUGUGGCGGAGAGGCUCCGCGCGCAUGCCGAUGAUACGAUGGUGGUUGAUGGUGCGGUGAAGAUUGAGGAUGAUGAUGGUGUUGGUGCGGAUGGAGAAGGUGGAUUGGUCUUUGACGAAACGAGCGAGUUCGUCAGCUCGAUAUCCUACGACCCGGUAGUGGCCAAGCAAGAAGUAAAAAACGAGCCGACCGAAGCGUCUCUCCGCGCAUCUUCAAAACAAUCCACCCCUGCACCCGUGAAGCGAGGCACGUCUCCGCCUAUAGCGUCAGACGGUGACGUUCCUAUGGAAGAGUUGGAGGCAGGAGAAGUCGUUGUCAAGGAAGAGGAGGAUGAUGCGGCGAUGCUGGAUGCAAUUGAGGAAGCAAUAAAUGCAACGGAAGCGGAGGAACGGAAGAAAGCCACCGCCGGAGACGAUGUCGUGGGCACAUCAUCGGAGCAGACUUUCAACUCGGGCAUGGCGUCGACCCUCAAUAUUCUGCGCCAACAAGGCUUGAUCGCUACGCCGUCUGCUGAUCAGAUGGAGCGGGAGAAGGUGCAAAGACAGCGUGAUUUGUGGCUUGCGGAGCAGCGGAAACGGGUCGCACUGAGAGAUUUGGAGAAGGCGAAGGCGAGGGGGCAGAACAAAGACCAGGCGACGCGCGAAUACGAGAACCGGUUACGCGAACAGCAAGAGGCACGAGAGAAUCUCGAGAUGUACAAGAACUACAAACCGGAUAUCAACAUCGUUUACCACGACGAGUUUGGCCGAGAGCUGACGCCGAAGGAGGCAUGGAAGGCGCUGAGCCAUAAGUUCCAUGGGAAGGGAAGCGGCAAGAUGAAGACCGAAAAGAGACUGAAGAAGAUAGCAGAGGAGAAGAAGAAAGAGGCAAUGAUCAGUGGGGAUACUCCAUUGAGCAUGAAUCGGGCAUUCCAGAUGAGGCAAGAGAAGACUGGUCAAGCGCAUUUCGUCCUUUCUGUCGGUAACAGAGGGGCGGUACCACAAGCGGAGGAGUUCCUCGACCCUCAGCCGCUCACGAAGUCGACGAAAGGCGACAAGAAGGGCAAGAAGAAGGAGCAUGGUCACACUGGGACGCCGCAGCCUGUGGACUCGACAGGUUUUCUCAACCUGCCGCAGCCAUUCGCAUCGACCGCCACCACUCCCGACCCUUCCGCUCGGCCUUCACCAGCGCCCAAGCCAGGUUUCUCGAGGAUAUCGAAUGCGACGACACCUGCAGAAGGAUCUUCUACAGCUAGCGGCACAACACACGUUGGAGAAAGAAACAGAUUAGCAAUCAGCUUCGGCAAAAGAAAGGCAGACGAGGACGCGAGUGGCACGCCUCCACCGAAGAGACGGUAGAUUCACUGAGCCCACGAUGAUUGC